UCAACACCUACUGGAGAGGGGAAACAUACCCGAGUUUUCAAGACCGGCCCGAAGGGUUUCAAAAACCCAACCACUUCCACAGAACGACCUUCUCUUGCCUCUAGCCUGUCGCCGUUUUCCAAGAUGGUCUAUGAUCAAGCCACGGUGCAUUUUCGCUAUCCGACCCCAGACACACCCACCUCGACGUCACCAAACGAGCAGCCGAACGUUGUCAGCACUCCAAUCCUGAGGAACGAAGCAACCCCAGUUGAGCAUCAGCCCGCGCAGAAACCCACUAAGAAACCAGCGCCGCCGAAGCAAAGCUCUAAUAUACAGAUUAAUCGGCAGGCGCAUACGUACAACAAGGCGAAAAUUGAGAUUGUGUUGCCGACUAAGAGCCAGCUGGAGCAGGCACAUGGUGCGCUUACUGAUCCCAACGCGAGCGGGCACAUAUCGAAUACGUCGACUUUCGCUGCAUCUCAAGUCCCUGCUCAGCAGCAGAAGUCGGGGCCUUCUCUAGCUUCGCCUCAGUCCGUCGAGGGCGUGCAAAGACACAACACGGUAACACCGGGGAGAAGCUCCUCACAAGGGCUCCCUGGCUCUCAGAGAUUUGGGAUAGCUGUUGAACUGCCCAGUGCGGCAACAUUCAACAAGAGCGAGUAUGUGGCUGUCCCCGAUGAGCCAGACGAACCCGUGAACCUGUCACUCAAGAAGCGGAAGCACGGGGAGUUGGACGGUGAUGAUGACCUAUACGAAGAAAGCUUGGACCUUCGUCAGAGAGCGGAUGCGGCUUUCCGUGAUCUGAAGGUGUUUCUUCAUCACGUGUUCCAGGCUGAAGAUCGCGCGUUAGCAGACCAGAGCAGCAACGAGACGAUACUGAUCCUCGCGGAUAACGAGGCCACUUUAACGGCGGCGGCCCAAUCUAAGGUGCAGGUACUGCUAGGGAAAGUCACAUCUCUGAAUUGCUUCAGCAGAAUACAGCUUGAAGACCUCCUCCGUAUACUAAGGCUUUCAGAGGGUGCUCUAAGACAGGCUGAUGCAUCAGACAUCAAGAUAGACGAGUCAUGGGGUUCUGCCGAAGUCGAGCAAUGGUUGCAGCAGCUGCCGGUCGUCGAGACCGCCAUGCGAGCCGCGCGAACACUAUUGAGGUUGAUGUGCGGCGGACGCGAGGAUAAACAGCUCUAUCCAGAGGACACGAUCGAGCAGUGCCUCAACUUGUGCAAGCGACUGGUGGACGGCAUCAUCAUUCCCAUCGCUGAAAUAAGAGGCGCCCAGCACACUGCAGAGCUUUUCAAGGCUCUGUCUGGUAUCAAGAAAAGGAUUGUCUCGUUGUUCACUGAAUGCCAGAAACUCUUUUCUCUCAUGUCCACCUUGAUUUCCAAGGUCGACACGUCAGACACCGUUACGAACACGCUGGAGUUUACGGCAUCGCGGCUGAUUUUCAUGGAAACCGCCAAUGCGGAGAGGGAAUCGGUCGUUGACACGCAGAAGUUUGAUGGACUUCGCUUGGUCGCAAUGGAUAUGCUAUCCCAAAUAUUUCUUAUGAACCCAUCCCAGCGCCAAGGCAUCUUUGACGAGAUCCUGACGUCCUUGGAGAAACUCCCGUUGGGUAAGCGAGCCCGGACCUUCAAGCUGGUGGACGGCAACAGCAUCCAGCCCGUUUCCGCUCUCAUCAUGCGCCUCGUUCAGACAAGUGCUGGCAAGGCUGAUGAGCGCAAGGGUCGGGGCCGGAGGGGAGGCAUCAAGUUCCCAGACAACGAAGAUGUGGACGGCGGAGAAGGACCAAGCGAGCCAGACGCUUUUAAUAUCCGCGACGAGGAUGACGCCGGCACGCGGCAUUCUACCUCUAUCCAGGAGCUCACUGCCCUGGCAACGCCUUUACUCGACACGGCCAAAGCCAAUGCCUCAUAUGUUAUCAAAUUUAUCGUUAACAGAGCACUCAAAUCUACCAAGUCGGGCGACACGCCUUACCGAAAUCUCCUCGAUCUUUUCGUUGAGGAUUUCACCAUGUGCCUAGACAACCCGGACUGGCCAGCCGCUGAGCUGCUCCUGCGGCUCCUCAUGACCAUGAUGUUCGGCCUUGUGGAGAACGACAAAUCUCCAGUUCCUGCCAAAAACAUGGCCCUUGAACUGCUGGGCAUCAUAGGCGCCGCAAUUUCAAAGCUUCGUGGCCAUGUCAGGAAAGUUGCAAAUAAUUUAGACGCUAUGGGAGAUGAGUUGGCCUUGUUUCUCUCCGACCUGGCGGCGUCAGCCCUGGAACUCAAAUCUCGCCCGGAGCACAUGGUGACUUGGACAGGGCCCUACCGCGCAACCCUCGAAUAUCUCGAGAGCCGCUUCUUUGAGGACCCGCAUCUUGCGAGUGCCAUCUCCUUCAUUGUUUCGGAUUGGGCGGACAAGAUCUGCACGUGCUAUGAUGAUUUCGAAGACGACAAUACGGAACGCGACCAAGAGCUCGGCCGGCUUGCCUACCGACUUCGAGAGAUGAUUCAAGACCGACGAUGGCUGUCCAAUGAGUAUUCUUUCAAAGACGUCGGUCCCAAUCAGGCCAAGCUGUCAUACUCCAUCAUCGUCCUGCGGUCUCAGCUCUGCGAGGCAUUCAGUGCCAUCUUGAACAUUCUCCUGAACUCGAUGGCUAGUGACCAACCGACAGUGAGGAGCAAGAGUUUGAAGAGCGUUAACCAGGUCCUGGAAACUGACCCAUCUAUUUUGGACGGCGAUUCAGUGGUUGUUCAGCUGAUCCUCCGGUGUUCCAAUGAUUCUUCAACGCAGGUGCGAGACUCUGCGCUCGGCCUCAUCGGGAAAUGCAUUGGCAUGCGGCCGGCACUCGAGGAAAAAAUGACAGAGACAGUGGUCGAUAGGUUUUCUGAUGCAGGCCCGGGAGUGCGCAAGCGAGCCAUGAAGCUGGCAAAGGAUAUCUACCUCCGCAACAGUAACAGAUCCCUCCGGAGUGCCAUCGCGAAUGGCUUGCUUCACCGUGUUCAAGACCCAGAAGAGAGCGUCAGGGAUCUUGCGCGGCAGGUGAUUGAGGAAAUCUGGUUUGCGCCUUACCAUAAUGGCGAGAAUUCGGCAGCUUCUCAGAUUUCUCUUUCCGAGCAUGUUUCCCUGAUGGUCCAAACGGUCAAGAGAGGAAAUAUCGCAAACGUUCUCGAUAAGGUUCUGCAGACGCUCCUGGCGCCGGAUUCAAAAACAGCACAAGCAUCCUUGGAGGUGUGCACGAAACUGGUGGCGAGCAUGUUUGAUAUGGUUGACAACACAGAGUCCAGCGACCCAUCGCUCCCAUCUGGUCGCGAUGCCUUGCAGGUCCUAAUGAUUUUUGCCAAGGCUGACGCGAGUCUCUUUACAUUCGAACAACUGCGUCUGCUCAAGCCUCACAUCACAAGCAUCGGUAGCAGUGAGGAUCUGGCAGUGUCAAGAGCGGUAGUGGUCAUCUACCGCAGGGUACUUCCUCAACUAUCAAGUGCGCAUGCCCAGUUCCUGGCAGAUGUGCGCAAGGAGCUGCUGCCUGUUGUUCCUAAAGUACCGCGGGCCUUGCUUGACGACGUCAUGGCAUGUCUCUGGAUCAUCAGCACGCUCCUGGAAACCUCUGAACAUCUCGCCAGGUUGGUCCUUUCGAGCUUGAUUGCUAUGCAGAAAUUGCGCCUUCUAAGCCAGAAGGAGCCCCUCGAUCAACACAAAAUCCGCCAGUUUGACCGAUAUUCGCUCAUCGUUGGCAUGGCCGGCAAGCACUGCAACCUCGAUAGCCACCUCGAAUCGUUCAAGGAGAAGGGCUUUCCAAAGUUCAGCGGAACUACAGUUUCGAAGCUCAUGGUCGACGUCGUUGUCCCCUUUGCCGGCCCUUCCCAGCCCCUCGAAGUGAGAAAGGCAGCCCUGGACUCGGUUGGUCUGGUUUGUCAGGCUUCGCCGCGGAACUAUGUGUCCGCGAAUGUCUAUACAGCGUUUCAGCAGGUAUUUGACGACCAGAUUCCAGUUCUCGAAACGAUGAUUUUGCGGUCCCUCAAGGAAUUUCUCUUUGCCGAGGAGAAACGCUCGGAGCAGGCUUCUGAGGCACCUGCCAUCAAUGGUGCGAAACAAGAGAAGAAGCGCGAACUCACAGUGAUCGGCGGUACCAAUUACGACGAUGUGGCGAGCGCCACGACUCAUCGGUUUCUAAGGGAAAUCACCCGCAUCGCAACUAGCACCCAGGACGAACAUGCAUUCCUGGCUGUCGAGGUCCUUGCUAGUAUCAAUCGGCAAGGCUUGGUACACCCCAAGGAGACCGGAGUCACGUUUAUCACUUUGGAGACUUCGGCCAACCCACGCAUUUCAGAACUUGCCUUUUUGGAGCACAAGGCCUUGCACGCCAAGCAUGAAACGGUGAUCGAGCGCGAGUAUGUAAAGGCUAUCCAAUCAGCCUUUUCAUAUCAGCGGGACGUCGUGAAGGAUCCCCGCGGCGCAACAACCAACCCUUUCACUCCGAAGCUCCACCUGAUGAUGGAGGUUCUCAAAAUCAGCAAGUCCAAGAACCGCCAGAAGUUCCUCGAGAAGUUCUGCACGCAGGUAGACUUUGAUGUCUCCAAGCUUGAUACCUCGGAAGAGCUUCCUCCGCACGUCCAAUACUCCCGCUUUAUUAUCGAUAAUCUCGCCUUCUUUGAGUACCUCACAGUCGGCGAAGUUCACUGCAUAGUCUCUGUCAUCGAAAAGCUCGUAACAUCGACGGGCGCCAACGUUGCGCAGGCCAUUGAAUCUGAAAUUUUUCAGAUCCGCAUCGACGCGCUCGACGGCCCUCCUAACGCAGCCGGCCAACCCACCGCAGCAGCGCCGCCAGAACUCGAUGGAACCCAAUUGGGACCUCAGGGCCAAUCCCAACAAGCAGACGCCGCCCAUCCCGACAUCGACCUCACCAGGUUACGCCAGCUAACAGCCGGGUCAAUGAUCCUCCUGGCCCUAUGGGAAGUCCGCACGUACCUCCGCCGCUUGUAUGGUCUGAACAAUUCCAGCCACCGCCGCGAGAGCGGCAAGGCGUCUAACGCAGCAGCAGGCGGGGUCGCCGCCGGGAUGGGAGGAGGAGCUAACGGUGGCAACAGCGGUAGAAUGCAGGCCAAAGACCUCAACAAACCGCCCGUCAAAGUCCAGGGCAUCACGGGCGACAAGCUCUGGGAGGAGAUUGGCACCAUCAUGACUUCCCUGUCUGAUCGCCAGCGCAUGAUGGGCGCAUGCAAGGCGUUUGUGGAGCUCAUGAACGUUGAUAAGGAGUUCUUGGUCCCCGCUGAGGAGGAGGAUGAGGAUAUGGAUUUGGACUUGGAUGGUGCUGACGAGGGCGCGUAUCUCAGUGGUGCGGAGGAGGGUGAGGAUGGAGAGAAGUCCCCCGCUGUGGGCAGAGGCAGGAAACGCAAGGCCUCGGGCGCCGUGCUCGGUGGCAAGAAGAAGAUGGCCAGGUCCUCGUCGCAGCCGAGGAAAAGGGGUCGGCCUAGGAAAACGAGCGUUGAGCGUACAGGAGCGGGUCAGGGGCGGGGCCAGGGGCAGAGGCAGAUGCAGACGCUGGGCGGUGAAUUUGAGGAGGAGGAUUGGUUUUGAGGUUCGGGUGCAUCUUCCUUUUCUCUUGCUUUGUUGAGAAGCAUAUCCCCAUUUUUAUUACAUUUGCUCGCCUGCCCUGCUGGCUUGCUUUGCCGAGGGCGGCGUAUUAUAUACGCAU